UCGAGGACUACCAACGGUAGUGGAUUUCGCGAAUGUAUUGGAAAUUCUGACAGUUGUCGAAAAGAGAAAGAAUUGCAACUGUGGGUCUCGCCGUCUUUGCCAGAGGGCGAGGAUGAUAUCCAGGGACUAGCAUUAUCCUCCUUUACUGCCACCGGAAGUGCUUGCAGGUGUUUCUCUGCUUUACCCUCGCUAUGUCUAAGGAUGAGUAUGUUGUCAGAGUUCACUGCAUUGUUCAACCAUGUCAGCCUUGAGACCUUCGCCAAGCACUCUUACGCCGCUCUAGUCGACUUCUUCUCUGACACCCUGGAGCUGAAGCUUAUUCGACCUGUCAAUGGGGCUUACCGCAUCGGCGCCGAGUCAUGUGAAGCAAUUCUCAGCAACGAGGCACUUCCAGUACACCUUCAAUCGAGAGUCUAUGUCAUGCAAGCUGUCUUCCGUCGCGAUACAUCUAUCGCAAAGGAGCACUUUGAGAGUAUAUCUCGAGUUUGGGGUUUCGUUGUCAGCGUCAAUCUUCGUGUCGAUAAAGCUGCCUAUCACGAGGUGAUCGAUCUGUACGUGUACGAGUUGGGCAUCUGGCUCGAUCAGGAAGGAGUGUACGAAGACAAGAAGAUGCCAUUCCCUCACCAUGUCUACCGUCUCCCUGACACCAUUUACAAUCCCGAUAUCGAGCGGGACAUUGCGGACGAGGUCGAGGCAGAAAGCGAUUGGACGGAAGAUGAUAUCGACAGCAUCUCCGAUAGCUCAUCAAUCGCCUUAAGUCAAAGCUUUUAAGAUUUUUCUUGUUUGCUUCACUUCUGAAAUUGUGUAAACUCUAGCGAUCUCUUGCUGAUUUACUCAUUGUAGGCAUCUUCUAAGUCCGACAAACCUGCAGUACCACUCAAGGCUCCGUAGCUCAACAAGCGCUUCUCCAUCAUACAACGUAACGAGAUUGAGAAGUGACGUGAGCCAUCAUCACCUGUUUCGAUUGCACCACAACGGCCGCUCGUGCUUCAAAUCUUCAAGAACAUCAUCUAA